AGUCGUAUAUGAUCGAAACAUGAGUUGGGUAGAAGAAGAAAAAAAAAGUUGUCACUGGUGGUAACACAAGUAGUCACGCGAGGAACACAUUUCGUUGCGUUCGUUGGUGAAAAUAGGAAUGUGUAACGAGCUGGACGGGAAUGGCGGGGCGAGAACUUGAGCAACUUCUCCCGGCGGGCGCUCCCGCCCCGACUCGUUUGACAAGUUUCAAAAUGGACGCGCCCGACGACGACGAGUCGUUUGCUUUCGUUUCCUCCCCUCAAUCGUCGCCGUCGUCUCGCGAGCGGACACGCGUCGCUUUCCGACGGUGCCCAACUUUCACUUGUUUUCACUCGCGUCGGACUGACGAGCAAAAUUGGAUUUAAUCGAUUUUGGCUUCUUUUUCUGUCUUUUUUUUGGCGGGGGGUGGGGGGGGGGGGGUUGUUGCUGUGCUACGUGGCCCGGAUCCUCACUUCACUUCCUGGUUGGGACAGCAGACGAUGAUCGAUGUUUUGGGUUAUGUUUCUUCAUGUCAGAGGAGGAAAAGUGAAAGGAAAUGUGUUUGGUCGGGAUUAGGUUUAAGUGAUUCAUUCAAUUUCUGAAUUUAUUUAUUUUUUUGGGGGGGGAGGGGGGGGUGGGGUCAUGUUUCAAAGAAGAAACUUUGGUCUUCCAGGAAGGACACGAGGCGAACGUCACAGUUGACACGUCCCGAAAUGGAAAGUGGAACCGAUUCCGCUUCGAGUGUUUCAAUACCAGUGACGGAAUAUUCCGAGACGUUUCAACGGAAAAUCUUGGCUCCACUCCAAAGCGCGUACUUGUACGACGAGUCCAAGCUGUCUUUCACGUACAAGUCGGCUUCCCUCGUUAAAAACGCGACCUUGAAGCAAAAGUACGCUGCCUUUCGAGCCAAGAGAAGACAAGCGGGAUAUUCAGAACAAGACCUGGAGGAGACUUAUGGCUUUUUGCUGUUUAAUGACGUCACCAAGGCAAAUGCUUUCGGGCAAACUGGAGUACUCACUGGGACGAGCACUUGUACAAGUUUGGGAGACCCCUUGAAGGGCGUUUACAUCUCAAUGUUCUCUGACUGUUUGGGACCUGAGCGCUGGCAAGAUGGCCAAUCGGGAUACAUUGCUAUAGUCAGGCUGACGACGGGGAAAGUCAAAAGAGUUUCUGCGAACCAGACCCAGGAUCUCGGCACGCCCACUGUGGGCUUUGACUGCCACGUGUCGCAGCACCUGGCUUCUGUGACCACGCAAACCAGUUUCUCUCUCGCGUUCGAGAGAACCCAAUGUUUCAUAUAUGAGCUGCUUGAUAACAGAAGCAACGAAACGGCGGUGUCGCCCAGCCUCACGUGUCCGUUUGCUGUUGUAGCUUUUUCCUAUAAAAAAAGAAGAGCGUUGGCGAUGAAGGAGCCCAAACCGUGUGGGUUCAUUUCAUAUGAAAUUCUCAGAUUUCUGCCGGUCCUACGUUUAGCUGAAGAUGAAGUCAAGAAAACAAAUGCAGAUCCAAACAAAGGAAUGUGUAAUAUAGCGGCAAACAGCAUGCAGACGUAUACGGUGCUGCUAAAUCCCGGACUGGCACCGAAGUCCAUCUCUGGCACCGACUAUUCAUGACACCAACG